UAUAUAUAGUAUACAUUCAAGUGCGUCGAUGUAUGUGUGUAUAAUAAAUUAACGUCUUUUUUAUCGCUUCAAUGAUAAACCGUUUUGCUUGAUUGGUCUAAGGCACAUAAAUGCAGAAUAAAUAAAGCACAACAAAUGCUUACGGUGUUGUUGCACCUUGUUGUUGCUUUUCUAUGAUAAGAACGAAGCGUGUGAUAUCAUAUGCCAAAUAUUAUAUCCUAUCCAUAUCUAUUCUUUUUGGGGUGUGGUGGGCAGCAGUCAGGUGUAUAUGAGUUUUCCUAGAAAUCCUACUUGUGUGGGUCUUUCAAUAUUUUACUUUAUUGCUAUUAAAACAUUGUAGCCAACAAAUUACCUGAAAAACCUAGAACCCUUGACAUCUUAUUUCAGCACAAGCUCGGUGACCUCUUAUUUAGAAAUAUAUUACAGAAAAGUUACAAUAUACUACAACAAAGGAGAUGUUCGAAUUAUACAGCAUAAGCAAAAAUGAUAUUUUACCGGAAAAUUUGGCAAUAAAGAAUAACUAUGAUAACACAAAUGGAUAUACUUUUGAAAACCAAUCACUGAGCAAUUCAGCAGUAAUUUUUUCCAAUGGAAAUACUUCAAAAAUAAGGGUAAAUAAGCGAUCUGAAGUACCCAAAUUUAAUUCCGUGAGACCAGUGCUUCGUAGAAGCGAACGGAUUAAAAACCAAAUAGAAAAACGGAGCAUGCAAUCCAUGGCGAUCCAAGAGCAACCCACAUCUAAAUCUAGUCGAUCUGCGAGACUUACGAUUCCGACCAGUCGCAACUGCAAAACUAAAAGGUUCUCCCCACCGCCCAUGUACUUCGAAUGUGCAGAUAUAAAUGGAAAGCUUUAUAAACUAGGCGAUCUGUCAGACGACAUGGAAGCAGGCACUUCUUUCAGGAGGCACCAGCAGAAGUCGCUUAGCCAAAUACAGCGCCCCAACUUGGGAACUUCUAGACCUCGUCGAGCAAGACAACCCAAGGAUCCAAUUAACUGUAUGGUUGCAAGUCCACCAAUUCCCAAUGAGGGAUUGCCUGAAAAAGAGGUGCCUCGUAGGAAUGAGCGUAUUCAAAAUAUAGAGGAGAGACUCAAGAUACCCGAGGAAACCAAUCCUAAGGAGCAAAACCUAGGUAGUCUUGUUAAUAUGCAGCCAUCACGAAGCAAGUCUGAUCGUUUCGAAUAUUCGGAUAUAGACAAAAAGUUUGAUAAACUAAAAGACAUUUCUGAAAACAUGAAACUUGGAUUAGUUUUUCGAGAGCGACAGCAAAAACAACAGCACCAAAGAAGUCGUCGAAAACUAGGAACUGCUGGACCACGUCAAAUAGGACUUUUAAAGAAGAAUUCUAUAAAGAUUUCAUCGCAUCCCUUACAGAGAGAUUUAUCAGUAAUAGAUUUAGAAUCAUUAAAUACUCCGAAAAAGGCGAAAGAACCACCUCUGCUGAGGAGAAGUGCGCGAAUUCAAGAACUUAAAUGCAAGAGAGAAUCUUUGGAAGCCAGUUUAAAGAAGGAUAAAGAUCAACCUAUGUCGAAAAAGGAGCCACAGCUUAAAAAAAAGCUAGCUAUUCAACGUGAGUCUCAGAAAUGUUGCAAGUGCAAAACUAGGGUGUUUCCACCAUACUUUGAGUGCGCCGAAAUAAAUGGAAAGCUUUAUAAACUCAGCAACGUAACCGAAGAUUUGGAACUUGGCGCUGCCUUCCGGAAGCAGCAGAAAUCGCAAAAUAAAAACACUCGACGAAACUUGGGGACUGCAGGACCUCGUCGCGCAGCUGACUCUAAGAAAAAUACUGCAAAGAAAUCUUCUGCCACAUCAAGAAAUUAAACUUUCGUUAUAAGAAAUAGUUGAAAUUGCAUGUUAAAAAUAUCACAGAUCCUAAAAGACAAACUAUAUGUAUUUGUCAGUA